AUGGACAUCUUUCUGGGAAAGGUCACCCAGCAGGCCAUGAACUAUGCCAUCCGCUCGGGAGUCACGAUAACAGCAUCCUACGCCCUGCGACAGUCAAGCAAGCUACUGAGCAGCACGCCUAAAAGCAACAUCCGAGACGAACUCUACAGGCUCCAACAGAAACUCCAGCACAAAAUCCGGAUCGUCUCACCAGCAAUUGACCUGAUUGAACUGAUCGCCGCUCGCGGAAAUACCUCUUUGGAAUCAGCUGUCGCCUUGGUAAAGGAAUUGCGUCUCGAGAUCCAGUCGCUUGGUCAGCGCUUCGCCAAAGCCGCGGAAGCCUCCGAGCAAAUAAACAGAAAGUCGAGCAAAUGGAGUAGUCAAGCCAGAGCCCAGAAUGAGGCAGACUUGAGCCUCAUCAUUAGGGACAUCAGGGCUCUACUGGACAGGAUUGAAGACGCGGUCCCUCUGAUCAACCUUGCCAUCACCACCUCAGGUGCAAGCCUUUCGACACAAUUACCGCAGACAGUCUCGCCCUCUCGACUUCUCCAGGCAAGCACCUUCCUCACAGCAGGCGAUACGCAAUACUCCAUGUCCCCGAACCAUGCCGUCCAAAUCGGACCCACUUUCACUCUAACUGUCUAUAUGCUCUUCGCGGGGCACAACCGGCCUCAAGAUGAAGAAGAGCUUCGCGAAACGACCUGGAAAGAAGUCAUUCACAAAGCUCGAGUCAAACUACGCCGUGUGCCUCUCGACCUCGUGACUGGCUCUGACAACAUCCCCUCUGCAGACAUCACGUCGCCGGUCAAACUUCCCUCCAUUGACAACAACAGACCCAGCAUCCGCGGCCCAACCCGUGCCGACGAAUACGCCUACCAACUCCUCAUUGUAGAAGACUUUGACGAUGACCGCGUGCACGACUUUUCCGACAUGCCACUCCGAUCACAACCUAGCCCUUUCGACGACGUGGCCCUGGCCGGCAUACGUGAGACCAUCCCCGUGCAUGAGAUCGGCAAGAUCUUCUACGCCGAUACGAGUAAAGUGUUGAACAUCGGAUCCGACGCAGAGAGCAAUCACCCGGUCUUGCUCUUGAAGCGAGAUUUGAACGCCGUGCCGCCAAGGAGAAUGGCGGAGAGGGACGACGCUACAGGGGCAUGGCGGGAUGGAGAAGAAGGGCAAGAAGAUAUCAUCACACUAGAAAACUAUCGGCAGCCUCAAGUCGGAGACGAUUACCGUCACGCACAUGCCCCCGCCCACGACGACACCGAUCCGUGGCGGCUCCCGCCCUCGCUUGACCCCGAGUGGAUCGCCUUCGAAGUCUACACCGAAUCCGAACCUAGCGACUCUGAGUCUGAAGGCGCGGGCGAGGGCGAGGCUGCGGGCGGGGGCGAAGACUCAACGCUCGAAGAUCUUCCACCCACCGACGAGGCAGCGUCUCAACUAACCUCCCAUCUCUCCUCUCUGCACUUGAACACCCCAACCCCCACCCUCAGCCCCACGCCCACAACCACACCCACUCCUUCGCAUGGUCACGGUCAGGAGCUUCGAAGUACCGCCCCACCGUGGGCCAACAAGAUCGUCACGUCGCUUUCCCUCCUCGAACUCCUCCUGAGGCUCACCUCGCUGCAGCAGUUCCAGCAGCAAUCCCACCUCUCCAUCACAGACGAGCUGCUCACGUUCUUCCUCGAAGAGAGCGCCAGCACGGGCGCCGGCGGCGACGAACGAUACAGACAGCACAUGCGCAUGGAAGCCCGGCGGCGCGUGGGCUGGGAUCCGUACAAUGAGAGUCCCGUCAAGAGGCGGGGUGAGGAGUAUCAGUAUCAGUAUCACGAUCAGAAUCGCAAUGGGGAUGAGCAUAACGACGCAUAUGAAGACCGGUCUAGCUACCGAGGUGGUGGGCACGGAUACGACAGUCCGGGGAGCAUGAAUGAUGGCGGACGCAGGGCCACCGCCGCCUUGGGAUGGAGCCCGACGAGUCCGAGGACCAGGGAUGGGGAGUCACGCGGAGACAGAGAUGGCGGGGAUCGGAUGCGCAUGACGCCGAAUCCCAUGACGCCGAUGAGUCCGAUGUCCAGUCCCUUGCCGUCACCCCCACCAGCGACACCGGCGGGGAAAGCAGGCCGGGCAGCGUGGCUGAGGAGGGACGGCGACGCGAGUAGAAAGGGGAGUCCGCUAAGGCCGGCGACUGCGUUGACGGAUGAAGGGAUUGGCACGAGUCCCGUGAGUGGAGCUGAUGGGAAGAGAUGA